UAAAAUGCCGAAACGUUUGUUUUCAAAGUUUAGGUUUAAUGAAAUUAAGGAUUUAAUGCAAAAUGUAAAGCGGCCAAGAAGAAUAGAUAUUGUUCUUAAUCGAAGGAGGCAUAAGAAGAAUAUCCAAUGCCUCAUGGUACAACAAGUUAAGGAGGAGGCUUUUCCUUCAAAACGCAGUUGGCAGACUGACCAUGACGUCCACCCAACCAUGGAAAAACUGCUUCAGGAUAAAAAAUGUCUAGCAGCGUUUCGGACCUUCCUGCAGUCAGAGUUCAGUGAAGAAAACAUUGAUUUCUGGCUCGCAUGUGAAGACUUCAGGUCAACCGCCUCAGUGGACGACCUCCGCUGGAAAGCAGAAAAGAUCUACCAGGAGUUCAUCGAGCCUACGGCCUGCAGAGAGAUCAAUGUGGACCACCAUAUCAAAGAGAAGAUCAAGAAGUCUUUGGAGAAGCCGAGUCUUUCAUGCUUCGAUGAGGCCCAGAGACAAGUUUAUCUGCUCAUGGAAAGAGACUCUUGCCCUAGAUUCCUGCACUCACAAGCCUACCUGAGUCUAAAGCAGAAAUCCAGGACUCUUUGGUACAUUUAAGGCCACCGAAAACACUGGGUCCACCAUAGACCGUGUAUGAGAAGUGGACGGGAAGUGGUCGUCCGUUGGUUUGGGGAUUGCGAUGUGAUGCCUCAAGUUUGGCAUUUUGGCCACCGCCAUCUAGUUUUUUGGAACUACAGUUACCAUUUCUGGACGAAAAAGCUGAGGUAGAGGAAGCAAGGGGUUAGUGAAUGCUUCGUUAGCAGCUAAGCUUGGGUAGCAAGGACUAGCAAGGACUGCUUCUGUUUAUCGGCUAAAAACAGGAGGAAAAAUGUACUUAACCUCAAAUUGAAAGCCAACUCCUUUCUUUAAGUACAGUGGUAUGAAGGACAGACACUAUUUGGGUUGCAAAGUAGUGGCUUGACAACCACCCUAACUCAUACCCUACUUUAUUGUGGGUUUAUUCUAAAAUGUGACUACAUUUUAAAAAGUAAAAACAUUAGGCUGUAUGGAAAAAGACUCCAAACUAGAGAUUGAAACCAUAAAAAAAAAGGUUGACUGGGGUAACAAACUUAGCCAGAGGUAGUCUUAUUUGCUCAUUAAAUCAAACAUCUUUCCCACCAGAGUUUUCCCCAGCUUGCUGUUGAAAUUGAUAGGAAUUUCAACAUUGGCUCCACUCACCAGGCCGAGAGGCAGAGUCCAUUUCUAAUGUACAGUUUGUGGUACUAACAAAGCUUUUUUAGUUCUCAUUUCCUGAUGCUUUUUUUUUUGCUACGUGGCCUAAUUGUAAAGAUGUUUUACACUGCAGGAGAGAUGAAAGGUGGUUUAUUAAUUAAAUGUUGCAGAAGGUAAUAAAGCAAGUUAAACACCAAAAGAGAAAAGUCAUGAGAGAAGACAAAACGUCUGUCGCGGGGGUUAAAAGAAUGCUGUCACUACAUAUCAGUGAAGAAGAUGCAAACAUAUGUAGUUGUUUGAAAUACGGUAUGUGCUACCUGAAAGUCUUUUGUAAGUUAAGGUGGUGUUUACAGUAUGAUAAAGAAUGAUACAGAAAUGGUUCGUGAUAUGUGGAAUAAAAUGGCCAACUUCAAAUCAAUAGGCAAUAAAGU